AUGAAGGAUCGGCUGGAGCAGCUCAAGGCGAAGCAGGACACGGACGAUGACACCGAGGAGCUGGAGAUCGCCGUGGACAACACGGCGUUCAUGGACGAGUUCUUCUCAGAGAUCGAGGAGACCCGGCAAAACAUCGACAAGAUCUCGGAGAACGUGGAGGAGGCCAAGAAGAUCUACAGCAUCAUCCUCUCGGCCCCCAUCCCUGAGCAGAAGACCAAAGACGAGCUGGAGCAGCUGACGGCGGAGAUCAAGAAAAUGGCCAACAGCGUCUGUAACAAGCUAAAGAGCAUGGAGAGGAACAUCGAGCAGGACGAGGCACGAUCCUCCGCUGACCUCCGGAUACGCAAGUCCCAGCACUCGGUCCUGUCCCGCAAGUUCGUUGACGUCAUGACCAAGUACAACGAGGCGCAGGUCGACUUCCGGGAGCGCAGCAAGGGCCGGAUCCAGCGCCAGCUCGAGAUCACCGGCAAGAACACGACGGACGAGGAGCUGGAGGAGAUGCUGGAGAGCGGGAACCCCUCCAUCUUCACCUCGGGGAUCAUGGACUCGCAGAUCUCGAAGCAGGCGCUGAGUGAGAUUGAGGGGCGGCACAAGGACAUUGUGCGGCUGGAGAGCAGCAUCAAGGAGCUCCACGACAUGUUCGUCGACAUCGCCAUGCUGGUGGAGAACCAGGGAGCCAUGAUCGACCGCAUAGAGAACAACAUGGACCAGUCCGUUGGCUUCGUGGAGCGGGCCGUGGCCGACACCAAAAAGGCCGUGAAGUACCAAAGUGAGGCCAGGAGGAAGAAGAUCAUGAUCAUGAUAUGCUGCAUCAUCCUCGCCGUCAUCUUGGCUGCCAGCAUUGGGAGCAUCUUCGCCUGA